CUCAUUUAAGUUUCCUCUUUAAAGGUAAAAACGAAAGAGAAGAGAAAGAAAAUGGGGGAGCCGAGGUUCCGGUUCCGUAUUCCAUGGCUCGCGGCUGCUCCUGCUGCUCAGAGGCCAGCACUGCCGCCACCACGACCUCCGCCGCCUCCUUCUCCGCCACCACCACCACCCCCCCAACCUGAACCUGCUCGACCUGUGGCUGCUCCCUCAACGUUGCCAGCAGCCACUGGCAUUGCCCAGCGGCCUCCUUUCAGGCCGCCUGGAACAGCCCUGCCACCACCACCAGCAGUCCCAGACCAGACAGCUCCGAGCAGAGUGGGAUUCCAGCCUCGGAUGCCAGCUCGCCCAGCUUCUGAUUCGGGAAUCACCUCUCAGCCAACCACACCGCCCCAGUCACCACCCGGUUCACGACCCACUUCCCUCUCGCCUCCACCAUCUCGAGUGGCAGCACCAGCUCCAUCCGAGAAAAUUGUUCCUGAGACUCCGAGAAUAGUUCAUCCAACAGACCGACAUGAACCCGAGAAGGAUUUGGAUAAAGAAAGCACCGGAGAGAAGCCAGAGAAAGGAAAAGGACCUUUCAAGGGAGAUAAGACCCACAAAGGCCCAAAACACCAUCAUGAAGUUGCAAAGGAGGAGAAGAAGAAAGCCAUGCCUGCUACAAGCUCUCACGGGAAGCCCCGCGUCAAGGCCCAUCAUCAAUUCCAAGCUCCUGCUGGAUCAUCAACGUCAUCAUCAUCUCCAUCCACUGGACACGAACCUUCAUUGCAGAAAGGAAUCAAAGAUGAUGCGAUGAAGCUGGUUGAGAAGCUGACCGAUGGGCACCCAACGAAGCAUCAAUUGGGGCUACACCCCGUUCAUGUCAUAACCCUAGCUGGUGAAAACCAGGGAGCCUCAAUGCAAUUAAGCUCGGAGUCAUUGCACCGAGGGGAGGGCUACAUUCACAUCCACCGGGAUUACAAGACCAACCCUGAUGAGAGCGUUGACCCUACCACUGAUGAAGGAGAGCAGGUCCCGGCCCUUGGAGAAGAAGAAGCAAUUCCUUCACCCGAGGAAAAUCCAGCUCCGGAGGCUUAUAUCAACAGCAACGUUCAGGGGUUCAACAAUUCCAUCAUGUUCGAAGGCUCUGUGACCGAGAGAAAUCCUGGUGUUCAUGUUGCAAUGUCAAUGGAAGAAGAGGCAAAGCUGCCUCAGCUGCCACCAGAGUUGGAUGAGGAGAAGGAGCUGCUGGAGACAAGGAGGUCCGAGUUCAGCCCUACUCCAGCAGAGCGGCACACAUAUCAGCCUAUCAUACGGCGCCGGUGCCUAAGGGGGCUGUUGAUGGAGUCCAGUGACUCAGACCCGGAUGACCCUGACAAACCUCGUCGCCAUGGGUGCAGAUACAAGUGUGGGGCAAAGGGCAAAGAUGAAGAUGUCAAUAUUCUGUGAUGGUCCCCUUUAACAACAUUGCUGCUAUAUCAUAAAGGCUGUGCAGAUACGAAAUAAAGAUGUAUAUACAACAUGGAGGGACGUUGUGAACGAUAGUCCUCAAAAGAGACAUCAUAUGCUCAAUAAAAUAAAGUUUGACGGGAUAUUGAUUAUUAA